CUCCUCCCCAUGCCCGGCUCUCCCUCGUCGUCCUGGGCUGUCUACAGCGCCAGGAUCAACAGCUUGGUCAAGCAUCCCAACAUGAGGGUCGUCGUCGCCUUCUGGCUGCUCGGCCUCAUCAACAAUGUCCUCUACGUCAUCAUCCUGUCCGCCGCCCAAGACCUUGUCGGCUCGCUCCCGAAGGGCGUCGUCCUCCUCGCCGAUGUCGUGCCGUCCUUCUUCACCAAGCUCAUUGCGCCGUACUUUAUCCAUCGCAUACCGUACCCGAUUCGAGUCCUCAUAUUCAUUGCGCUAUCCGCGGGCGGCAUGCUGAUGAUUGCUCUUACACCGCCCUCCCGGUCGGUGCCGGUCAAGAUGGUCGGGGUGAUCCUGGCCAGUCUGAGCAGCGGCGGCGGCGAGCUCAGCUUUCUGGGACUGUCCCAUUACUACGGGCAUGUGAGCUUGGCCGGCUGGGGGUCUGGCACCGGCGCCGCGGGUUUGGUCGGGGCCGGGCUGUAUGUCAUGUUGACGGACUGGUGGGGAUUCACCGUGCAGCAGAGCCUGCUCUUCUCAGCCUGUCUGCCCGCCAUCAUGUUCAUCAGCUUCUUCUUCAUUCUCCCCUUGGGGCCGUUGCGCCAAGGCAAAGAAUACGACGCUGUCCCUGGGAGGGACGAAGAUGAUGACGUCGAUGCAGAACGCACGGAGCAGGACCUGGCGGAGAGCACUUCUGCCCUGCUGGCACCAGAGCCAUCCGUUCUGUCGGCAAACACUGCGUAUGCAAUGACCCGGGGCAACACGCGCACGUUCAAGAACCAUCUGCGGAGAGCCAGGGCGCUCUUCAUCCCGUACAUGGCGCCCCUGCUGCUGGUGUAUGUGGCCGAGUACACCAUCAACCAAGGCGUGUCUCCCACGCUCCUCUUCCCCCUCGACUCCUCGCCGUUCACCGAGUAUCGUGAAUUCUACCCCUUCUACGGCUUUCUCUACCAGAUCGGCGUCUUCAUCUCGCGAUCCUCUACGGCCUUUAUCCGUAUCCACCACCUAUACCUCCCGUCUCUGCUCCAAGUCGGCAACCUGCUUCUGCUGACGCUGCAUGCCAUGUUCUUCUUCAUCCCGUCCGUCUACAUUGUGUUCAUCAUCAUCUUCUGGGAGGGCCUCCUCGGCGGCGCCGUCUACGUGACGUGCUUUGCCGAAAUCAUGGAAAACGUGCCGGCCGAGGAGCGCGAAUUCAGCCUGAGCGCCACGACGGUGAGUGACAGCGGGGGCAUCUGCAUUGCGGGCUUGAUUAGCAUUGUGAUGGAGACGAGUCUGUGUGAUUAUCAGGUUGCCCAUGGACGCGACUGGUGCCGGAAGGUCAGCGUCUCGCGGGGAGGAAGAUUAUAGAGAGUUUUUGCGGUUAUGGUCAGCAUCAAAUGGAGUAGCGUGAAUGGUUUAGUGGUAAAAUUCUCCGUUGCCAUCCGCAACGUCGGGGAGCCCUGGGUUCGAUUCCCAGUUCACGCAGCGUUUCUUUUUUCGCUUUUUGCAUUUU